GCGGCGCGUCAAACAUGGCGCUGUCCUGUUCCGGACUGUCCGGUCAGUUGUCUUUAAUCCGGCUGUGUGGUUUCUGUACCAAUAGAAUAACACAUGGGUUUUAUUCCCGAGACGUGUCUUAUCAAUCCAAGCUGUACCUGUGCAGACAUUUUGCAUCGUCCAACAUUAGACCAGGUGUGUUCAAACGUUACAUUUCCCCCACGCUCCAGAGGGCGAAUGCCAUAUAUGAGGGUUUCCUCAAAAGGCGAUUCCCAAAAUUGUAUGAGCUGCACCGCAUCUCUCUGGAAGGAUGCAAGCUGCUGUUCCAAGACUGCCGCGAUGUGAGGCAGAUCAAAAUGAAGAUGGUCCAUGGAGUAAAGCACGAUGAUUUGUCCUACAGAGAGAUGGAAAAACUCAGAGAGUUUCGCAAAAACUUGAUAAAGGUGAUCCCAAUCAUGCUGAUUUGUAGCCCUCCCUUUUUAAACUACCUGGGUAUCCUCUUGAUGUACUUUUUCCCACGUCAAGUCCUGAUUCCUUAUUUCUGGACUCCCAGACAGCAGGUGGAGUUUCGGCAAGUGUACCAUUCCCUCAGGGCUCAGCACUACGAGCCAGUGCUCAAAGAACUCCAGUACACAAGCCAGCAGGUCAAAAAUAGUCCCCUGCAAGGCCACCUUAAGGAUCUCUGUGCUAAAGUGAGUCCUAAAUUAUAA